AUGGGAAGGACUUAUAAGAAACUAAAUUAUUUUUCUAAGAAAAUCAACGACCAAAAUAACGAAGAAUUAAUAAAAACCGAAGAGGAAGGGGAGCAAUUCACUGAUAUUUCUUUAUUUGUAAAUAAAAAAGCUGCUUCAGGAGAAUUUACUUGUCCUCAAUGUAACAAAAAAUUUAAAACUGGACGUUAUUUAAGAAAACAUUUUAACCAAAUUCAUGGAGACAUUAAAUACAAAAAAAGUAUUAAAGAGAAGAAAUAUUUGUGUAAUUGGCCUUUAUGCGAUAAAUCUUUUAUUUCUGCAAGUAAAUUAGAAGGACAUUUAAAUUCACACAAAGGGGAAAAACCUUAUGGAUGUGAACAUUGUGGAAAGAAUUUUUCUGUUAAAUAUGAAUUAAACAGACAUUUACAAAAAUAUCAUUUGUUAAAACUUAGCCAAUUUACUGAAAAGAUUGAAGAAUUGUUGGACAAUAAUUGA